CUGCCACUCUCUGGGCCUCUGGCUGCUCCAAGGACCUUGUGUUCAUUUCUGUCCUACCUAUGGGUUGGUCUGUCUUUUCUUGCUUUGGUCUUCCCUGAGCCCACUGGAAUUCACCAAAGUGAGAGUUGUCUUAUCUGUUGUGACCCAUUCCAUCCACCUAUGGAAUUGCAGCUCUCCAGGCCCUCUAAAUGUGAUCCAUGUUACCAAUGUCUGUGACCCACCUAAGAACUUGUUUCUUCUGCAAGGACUGGAACCUUCUGCUUCCCUAGCUUUCCCUAACGUGACAUCCUUCCAUACCCUGUGACUCAGUUCCCUGUCUUCAGAUAGAGUGGCAUUGAAUAGGAGUCAUUAAGAUCUCUGCCACUUGAAAUCCUCAGCUCUCUGCCAGGGCUUCCCUGAAUGUACUGGGUAAUGAUAAUGCUGGUUCUGAGCAGCAGCAGCAGCUGGGGAAAGAAUGAACUCCCCCAGCCAGAGGCUGAGCCACUGAAUACUGAGAUCCCAAGUUCCUGUUCUGAACCCUGGUGAUCAGUUCCUUUGAUGGGCCAUUUGUGGCAGUGCAUGUGUGUUUGGUUGGCCCAUCACAGUCACAGGUGGAGUCAUGGAGCUAGGGGCAGGUAGCAGGCUCGAGCUCCCAAGUUCUUGGGGGCAUUUUAGAACCACUUUGGGAGUUCUGAAAUUGUCAGCUCUGACCCAUUGCCAAGAAUGCACAUUUGGUGAUACGUGGGAUGAAGCAAACUGAUCAAAGUACACAAGUGCCAUCAGUACAGGGGAAAGCAGAGCCAGGUGAAAAGCAGGCUGUGGCUUGGGGUUAAAAUGCAGUGAUUAAAGUGAUGAUGGACUGCACCUCAUAGGCAAACCAGGAAGAAUGCAAUAAAAAGGAUCAAGGAAAGAAGAGAAGAGAGGGAGGGUGGCCACCUUGAUCCAGCUGAAGCAUCUCCAGGAGGCCUUUUCUGGAUGUCACAUCGAGGCUGCCCUUCUGCUACAACACGGAGCUGGUGAUCCCCGAGUUCGUGGACAUGGCUUUGCUCAGCAAUAUCCUAGAGGCCUAUUCCUUUGUCUCAGAAAAUACUGAGCGAGCAGCUCUGUACUUUGUCUCUGGUGUGUGCAUCGGGCUGGUCCUCACCGUAGCUGCCUUGGUGAUGAGGAUCUCUUGCCACACAGACUGCCGGCAGCAUCCCCAGAAGAAGUUCCUGCAGGACCAAGAAAGCAGCAGCAACAGCAGCGACAGCGAGGAUGGCAGCUCCUACGCGGCAUCCGACAUCUCAGUCAGGAGACAUGGUCGCUUCGAGAGGACUUUGAACCAGAACGUUUUCACCUCAGCGGAGGAGCUGGAGCGCGCCCAGCGGCUAGAGGAGCGGGAACGCAUCAUCAGGGAGAUUUGGAUGAAUGGCCAGCCCGAGGUUCCUGGCACCAGGAGCCUGUACCGCUACUACUAGGGGCAGGAGCAGGAAUCCACACCCCGCUGUUAGCCGCCUGGUAGAAAAAGGGUCCUGCAAGGAGGACGGGCACAAAGAGUUGAACGCAGCUCUGCUAAUGUUAUGGUGGCAGAGAUAAGCAGGACGUUCCCAUUUUCUAGCCAGGAGGACUGAUUUCUCCCUUUUGACUAAAUUUAUGGAGAAGUAGAAAAACCAAGUUGGUUCAUCAACUUUUCCAGGUCUUGGAAUAGUGCUGAAAACCCUCUCCAGCAAUGUGGAUGGAGAUUAGAGAAAUGGAACUUGUGGUUUCUCUUGAUUUCUGAGGAUCUCAGAAGUUUCUGCAGACUUCAUUGCUAUGUGUUAUUUCUUUACAAAAGGAAAUAUUAUUACAGGCUGAGGGCUAGGAAGAGCAGGGUUAACUUAACCCAGUAAAUGCAACUUUCUAAAUGACUCCAUGCUAUGGAGGUGAUUUUGAUCCAGAUAGCAUGAUCAAUGCUUAUUGUUUAAGGUCUAUUCUUUCAAUCUUGUGUUGCAAUGGCAACCUCAGGGAUUAAAAUCCUAUUUUUUAUUACAGUUCCCACUUCACUCAUGAAAAUGAAUAAUGUAUUAUAGGAGAUGUGUCAGUGAACUAGAAAAAUGUCAAUAACCUCAAAGGAUGAAGGGUUUUAUUUUAAAUAGCUUAUAAAGAAUAUAUUAACAUGCAAUUAAUGCUACAUGCAUUUGAAAAUGCAGCACAAGAAUAAAAGCUGUGUUUUCGCCCCUUUUGGAGAGAAGAAAAUUUUGUUAUGACUCUAGAUAAUCAUGAUUUUAAACAAUUUGUUUUUUUAAAAAAACCCAUUUGGAUUUCUAAUAAAAGAAUAGGAAUAAAGCCAAAAUUAAGUUGGGAUAAAAAAUAAAUGUUACAUAAGCUCUUUUUUUGUUUUAUGUUUAUUUCUGUGGUUACACUUACCCUAAACAGCAGCCCUUUUAUAUAGGUGGGUAUGGUCUUUUGCCAGACCCUUCAAAUAGCUGGAGAAUUGUGAGAAACUGGAGAAUGGAGAAAUGGCCCCUAGGGGCUUUUCAUUUCUGUAUGUUUCUGUUAUGAUUACAGUAUAGUUGAGUGAUUGUUAAGCUGAUAGGGGAAUAGAAGACUUACCUAAGGCUAGAAAUAAUAUGGUGGCCUCAUACUGAGAGGGGAAGUUGGUAAGGAAGGAAGAGGGGCAAGGCUGAACCACAUUU